UGAAGCACACACUGGUGGCUGUGCUUUUCCUCAUGCAGGGCAUGAGUGCUGUGGGUGGGACAACAGCAGCAGCAGGAGCGACCGCUCAUCUCAGUACGAUGCUUCCAUAUCUGACUCAGCCUAGGAACAUGAAUGGUGAAUUGAGCUCUUCCCCAAAGCUCUUUGCCAAUGUGUCCGGUUCUGUGAAUGAUGAGGGAACUUGUCAGUGCUCCGUGUACUUGCCGGAUACCACCUUUCCAGUGGAGAAGGUUGAACAAUUGGAAAUUAUAACCACAACACUCUCACAGAAGUUUGAGGCAGAGCUUUCUAAAGUUAGGGAGUACUCAAAAAAAAUUGAACUGUAUCAGCAGCAACUCCUCAAUCUAACCAUCAGAGUGCAGCAAGUGGAGACGGGUGGCAUAUCUUACACAGAGCUGGACUUCCAGUUACUGAAAGUGGAAAUCAGUGACCUAGAGAGACUGGUCACUCAGCUGAAACCCAGCCUUGUUGGAAGCAGUGCCAUCGUUGAGCAAAUAUAUUUGGAGAUCACUAAUCUGACUAUACUAGUAAGUGAACUAGAGUCACUGGACAAAAACAAUGUCCUUGCAAUUCGUCGACAAAUUGUGUCUCUGCAGAAUCGAUUGAAAGAGUGUGAAGAGAAUGCUACUAAAAUUCCAUCACCCCCUUAUUUCCCACCAGGUACCUGCAUUCACCGUGGACUGAUGAAUGUUAGCCAGCCUUAUGUUGCCAAGCUGAACUGGAGAGGAUUUUCCUACAAAUACGGAUCCUGGGGUAGGGAUUACUAUCCCUCUAACCCAGAGAAGGAAGUCUAUUGGGUUGCACCAUUGAACACCGAGGGGAGAUACUUAGAAUACUUCAGAAUUUACAGAUCCUUUGAUGAUCUGCUGCUGUUUAAAUCCAUGUAUGAAAGGAGAAUAACAUAUGGGGAAGGAAGUGGUGCUGCCCUUUAUAAAAAUCAUUUGUACUAUCAUGCUUAUGGUUCGCGUUAUAUGGUGAAGCAUGAUAUAACAACAAACACACAGGUUUUGAAGAAGGAGCUUCCAGGUGCUGCUGUUGGUAACCGCUUCUCUUAUGCAGGUGUAGCAUGGCAGGACAUAGAUUUUGCUGUGGAUGAAAGUGGGUUAUGGGUAAUAUAUUCAACUGAAAAUAACGUGGGCAACAUUGUGAUUAGCAAGCUCAAUGAGACCACACUUGAUGUGCUAAAUACUUGGCAGACAAGACAGUACAAGCCAUCUGUUUCCAAUGCUUUCCUGUUAUGUGGUGUUCUUUAUGCCACAAGGCCAUUGAACACUAAGAAAGAGGAGAUCUUCUACAUGUAUGACACAAGUACUGGUCAAGAAGGUAGAAUUAGUAUCAUUAUGGAUAAAAAGCUAGAUACAAUCCAGAGUAUUGAUUAUAGCCCCACAGAUCAGAAGCUGUAUGUUUACAGUGAUGGUUACCUUGUAAGAUAUGAUGUGACUUUUCAGGCUUAGUACCUCAGGGACAUAGGCAUAUGAUAAAACUGGCAGCAGCCAAUACGAGAAAUCCAAUGGAUCUUUAGGCAAUGCUACUGCCCAUUCAGAGUUCAUCUGGUCUGGUGUACUGCAUGUGAGGGCAUCAUACAGGUACUCACCUCCUUUA